AAUAUGGCGAUAAUUGCAACAGUUGAAAGUGCCCAGGCAGGUACACUAGACCUUUUCGAAGUUGUUCAAGCACACACGGAAACAAUGUCGGGUCAGAAUAGUGAUAGACAAAUUGCUUCUUUGGCGAUGAACAAGCUGGAAAAUUCUAAAAUCGUAGGAAUUUUGCUUGCUAAUGAUAGAACAUCCAUUUCAAUGAAUUGCACAGUUUACAAACAAGGUCAUCCAAUAGUGCACAGCUUGGCAUACACUAAAGCUGGAAAUGGAAGCACGUUUGCAUUUUGCGGAGGAGAUGAGGAAUCUUAUCCGGAUGAGGAUUAUUUAAGUCUAUUCAUCAGGCAUUUAGAAUAGAUGCUAACUUUUCCUGAUGUAUUAUCACUUCUAUCGAUCUCCUUUAACGAUACCGAAGGGGGGGUGUGGAACUUUAUGCUUUAUCAAAGAAUCAGGGACUGCAUCACAUCGGUUCCACUCAAAGUCAACAAUCUAUCGUGCACUUUCGACGGUCAACUACUUCCUAUUGUAAUUGACACAAUGAAUGCGCUGAGCUCUGAUGCUCUCAAUGAACUUAACCUCAACAUAAGAUCCACGGAUGUGAUGAAUAUCUCUCGUCUGAUCGAGUCACCUAAGUGGGGAAAACUCAAGUUUGUUACUAUUGGAGGUUGUACGGUUUCUGCGGACGUUACACGUUUUCUCCAUCUGAAGAAAUGCAUUAUUGCAAAGGAGAAUAUUUCAAAGGAGGAGCUCAUUCUUUUGAAACAGGCAAUCCUUGGAGCUUGUAGUAAGAAGGAUUUUGUUAUCAAGUGUAACUUUAUCAAUGAAGUAACCGAAGAAGCCUUGCAUGCAAUUUUUGACCGCAACCCCGCAGCCAGGACUGAAGGAGACAACGGAGAAGUGACCACGCGUUGGGAGUAUCAAAGAAAACGGCACAAUGUUGAAGUGGAGUACCGUCAACUUGGUGAUCGCGAUGCUCACGCAUUUCAAUUCACCUUCAAGGCUUUGCUUUCUUCCACUAAU